ACCCACCUAUAAAAACAGCGUUUUUCGUCCGCCCGCUCUUAAAAGUAGCCCAUCAUGCGAACAGUGCUCACCUUCCUACCACUGCUGGUGCUCAGCGCCGGUGUUAAAAUACCCCCGAACUUCCACAAGUGCAACCGGAAGAGCCCGGAUUUCAAAACCUGCUUGUUAGAGUCCGCCAGAAAGGGGGUCCGGGAGCUAGUGAGACCCUACCCGGAACUGACCAUCCCCAGCCUGGAACCUUUCGAGCUCACGGAAGCCACCAUCGGAGGGACAGAGGGACCAGUGAACAUCCAGCAAAAAUUCAAAAAGUGCAAGUUCUACGGAUUGCCGAAGUUGCAGCUGGACGAAUUCGAGGUAAAUUUUGAGGAGAAGUGGGGCAAACUGAGCGGGGUGUUCCCCGAAAUUCAAAUGCUGUGCGACUACGAAAUGAAAGGGCAGGUUUUGGUGGUAACUGUUGAUGGAAAGGGCAACAGCACGAUUAUUCUGAAGAAUGUGAAAGCCAGGGAUGUUCUUUCGUUCGACGAGAUGAAGAAGAAGGGUAAAACGUAUCUGAGGUUUAAGACCAGUGCGCUCAAGAUUGAUCCGGAGUUGGUGGUUUUUAAUUUUGAGAGUCAUGUUGAUAAGGCUUUUACUAAUUCUCUUAAUCCGGUUUUGAAUGAUAACUGGAAGGAGAUUUUUGACGAUGUUAAAGGGAGUUAUGAGGAGAUGUUCGACCAGAUUGCCUUGAGUGUGAUUAACAGUUUUUUCAAUAAAGUGACUUUAGAAGAGGCUUUUGAUAGUGCGUGACCAGCCAGAAGACUUGGAGUCAUAAAAUGUGAUACUUUUUUUCAGCAUUUAUAAAUUUACGUUUUCAAAUUUAAGGUACUAAGUGUUUAUUAUUAAAAUUUUACACAAUCAA